UGAACUGUCACCGGUGACGUACAGCGGAGAACAGAACAGCAUGGCGAGUAAAGAUCCCGAGGGUUUUCUGCAGCAGCUGCGCCAAAUUGCCGGCAGGAUGGGGUCUGGCCCCCGAGGUGCUGGGCUGGGCUUGAAGCUGCUCAUCGGAGCUGGAGCUCUUGCCUACGGGGUCAAACAAUCCACAUACACAGUGGAUGGUGGGCAGAGAGCCAUUAUCUUCAACAGAAUUGGAGGGAUGCAGAUGGACACUGUGCUUUCAGAGGGACUGCACUUCAGGAUACCGUGGAUCCAGUACCCCAUCAUCUAUGAUAUUCGAGCCAGACCCAGGAAGAUUUCUUCCCUCACUGGAAGCAAAGAUCUUCAGAUGGUGAACAUAGGUCUCCGUGUGCUGUCCCGCCCCAUUGCCUCCAACUUGCCGGUCAUGUACCAGCAGCUGGGUAAAGACUACGACGAGCGUGUGCUUCCUUCUAUCGUCAAUGAGGUGCUCAAGAGUGUGGUGGCCAAGUUUAAUGCGUCGCAGCUUAUUACACAGAGAGCUCAGGUGUCACUGCUCAUAAGGAGAGAGCUAAUCGAGAGAGCUAAAGACUUUAACAUCAUCCUGGAUGAUGUGGCCAUCACAGAGCUCAGUUUCAGCAAGGAGUACACCGCCGCUGUAGAGGCCAAACAAGUCGCUCAACAGGAGGCCCAGAGGGCUCAGUUCUACGUGGAGAAGGCCAAACAGGACCAGAGACAAAAGAUUAUCCAGGCUGAGGGUGAAGCUGAGGCUGCUAAAAUGUUGGGUCAAGCUGUUACGAAGAACCCUGGCUACCUAAAACUCAGGCGCAUCAGAGCUGCCCAAAGUAUCGCCAAAACGGUGGCAACCUCUCAGAAUAAGGUGUACCUGAGUGCGGACAGCCUGGUUUUGAACCUCCAGGACGACUACUUUGACAAGCUGUCAUUGGGGAAAUGAGAAGCAUCAUCCAUGGAGAACAUGCAUUCCAUAUGUUAGUAGUGUUUGCUGAGCCUGUAGAAUUAUGCCCUACUUCUAAACGUGACUGUGUCCCUGAGCAGAGCCUCUCUCUGCAGUUCCGUUAGGGCUCAGAUAAGACUUGGGCUGGGCACACUUAUGCAUUCACAUGUUCAUGCAUACCCAUUUAUACACAGCUGUUUGUAAUUUAGCAGGUCUUUUGUUUGAUUGGCUGGUGGUUUAAACUCCAGUAUUGGCACUGUGGUAUCAGGUGGCAUUAAAAUGCUUACAGUGAUCACAAAACACAUAUGUGUUUUUUAACCUUUGAAACAAUAAUUUGAUCAUGUUAUAAGUGAAACUCAUUUAUUCCUAGAUGUCAUAAUGAAGAUAUGGUGUUGCCAGGGUCUGGCGGUUUUCUGCCCAGUUGGGCUAUUUUGAAAAUGCAAUCAUAAGUUAAAAUGUAAAUUUCAUGGGGUGCAUUUUUGGGGGGGGGGGGGGGGGCUACUUUUCAAAUGUACUGCGGUCAUCAAAAAUUUUGAUGGUAGACUCUAGAAAAAUGAAAAUGCAAUGUCUUAUUGAUGUAUGUAAUGAUAACUGGAUUAAAUACUUGGCCAGCGCAAGCAGCGUCAAAGCGUUAGGAAUAGGCGAUACCACUCAUUUUCUUUUCGAUCCGAUUCCAAGUACUAUCAAGGCCAUGAUCGUCAAUACCAGUACUGAUGCCUCUAUUAAAUGAAUUGUUUUGCGAACUCUUAUGAUAAAAUAGGUCAUUUUAAAUAUUUAUAGAAGCCACAUUUUUCCUUUUACAUUUAUAGGCGUAAACACAUGAUUAGACUUCUGUUUUGUUUACCCUUACUUUUACAUGGUAAAUAGUUUAACCAUGGUUUUUGUUGUAAAACCAAAGCAACCACAAAAUUAACCAUGGUUACUACAGUCAUGAUAUUACUAUAGUAAAAUCAUAGUUACUAUAUGGAUAGUACAGUAUUACUAUUGUAAAACCAUGAUACAUUUUUGUAAGUGUAUGAUUUAUUUACAAUUACAGAACAUUAUCUGUCUUAACUUUUAAUUUAACCCUAAAAAAAUGUGUCCUGGGCGAUACAAACAUUUAAGAGGUUGGGGAGAGGAGCAAUAAGUCAGUCAUCCAGAUCUUUGUGAAAAAUAUUUAAAAGUGUGCCUCUGAAAAUACUGAGGACGUCUGACUUUGUAUACAAAGUCUGGCAUCAACUCACAAAUUUUAUCUAAAAAUAACGUGGCAUCUUUUUUUUUUUUUUUUGAGAAGACAGCUCACCUUGAAGCAGAUGUUCAUCUUUUCCAUGUUAGAUUUUUUUUUAUCAUUUCUACACUGUAAAAUUAAAAAUAGAUGCAAAAGCUAAAAAAAAAAAAAAACAUGGAAAUGAAUUAUGUGGGCCCUAGUUUGUUGGAUAACAGUUAUCCAAAAUAAUAUUUAUUAUUUUUGAGGUAUCUUAUUUUCUUGCUCUUUUUAGGGUUUAAUAAACUUUUAACAAACGUCACACAAACCCAUUAUAAUAAAUGUCACAUUUAGAUUUGUCAUUAAGUGUGAAUUAACUCCAGAUGCUGUUUAUCUGUCUGCCAAGUACUGCUGCUCCUUGUUUGAACGAGCGCUCUCUGUGACCACUUGUCUUUCAGUGUUUCUGCGCGUUUAAAUAAGGGGGAAACAAUCCUAUGUAACUAUUCGCUUAUAGCAGUUUAUUUAUUUUUUUCACUUUAAAGCAUAUGAUAUGCAUAAUAUUCAUGGUAAAUUAAGUAAUAUCACAAAAUUGUUUUUAUAAAAAUUUGUUUGUAAAGAUCAAUAUUCUCGAUACAACAUAAGCUUUUGGAAAUAUCGAUCUGCCCAUCUUUACAAAGCAUCACCUUUCAAUCAGCUCAUUUUCAGCUGUGCACCAGAAUCAACACAGUUGGCAACAUCUUGACAAAACAUGUAACAUUUAAAGCACGUGAUACAUUGCCCCGCAAUUGUAAUUCCUGUGUGAAUAAAUUUAUGGUGCACCUAAGUCAACACUAUUAAAAAGUCUGUGUAAUUCA